AGAUACUCCCGGCGGGGCCUCCGCAGUAGCUCCGGAUCCACCCGCAGGUAGUGAUGGGGCCUGCGCUCGCCCACCAGGCUGGGUAGCGCCCCGUUACCGGAACCCACGCCUGGAGGAGCGAGUUUCGGGAGGAGACAGGUUCAGGCGGCUGCGGCUGCCUCUGGGCGGGCGCCUGGGCCCAGGCCGGGGCUCCCCUCUCGACCGCGCCCCCGCCCCGCGCCUCGCCCGGCACCCCGGUGCCCUCCCGACGCCGGCGGGCCCGGGAGCCUCGCGGACGUGACGCCGCUGGCGGAAGUGACGUUUUCCCGCGGUUGGACGCGGCGCUCGGUUGCCGGGCGGGGGAGGGCUCGUCCGGUUUUUCUCAGGGGACGUUCAAAUUAUUUUUGUAACGGGAGUCGGCAGAGGACGGGGCGUGCCCGACGUGCGCGCGUCCUCCCUCCCCGGCCCUCCUCCAGCGUCCGCCGGCGCCUGCCCUGCGAGGGCGUCAUGCCGCCCAAAACCCCCCGUAGAGCAGCAGCCGCCGCCGCCGCCGCGGAGCCCCCGCCGCCGCCGCCGCCGCCGCCCCCGCCGCCCCCUCCUGAGGAGGACCCCGAGCAGGACAGCGGCCCCGAGGACCUGCCUCUGGCCAGGCUUGAGUUUGAAGAAACUGAAGAACCUGAUUUUACUGCAUUAUGUCAGAAAUUAAAGAUACCAGAUCAUGUCAGAGAAAGAGCUUGGUUAACUUGGGAGAAGGUUUCAUCUGUGGAUGGAGUCUUGGAAGGUUAUGUUCAAAAGAAAAAGGAACUAUGGGGAAUCUGUAUCUUUAUUGCAGCAGUUGACCUAGAUGAGAUGCCGUUCACUUUCACUGAGCUGCAGAAAAACAUUGAAACCAGUGUCUAUAAAUUUUUUGACUUACUAAAAGAAAUCGAUACCAGUACCAAAGUUGAUAAUGUUAUGUCAAGACUGUUGAAGAAGUAUAAUGUGUUGUGUGCACUCUACAGCAAAUUAGAAAGGACCUGUGAACUUAUAUAUUUGUCACAACCCAGCAGUUCGAUAUCUACGGAAAUAAAUUCUAUGUUGGCGCUAAAAGUUUCUUGGCUCACAUUUUUACUAGCUAAAGGGCAAGUUUUACAAAUGGAAGAUGAUCUGGUGAUCUCAUUUCAGUUAAUGCUGUGUGUCCUUGACUAUUUUAUCAAACUCUCACCUCCUGCAUUACUCAAAGAACCAUAUAAAACAGCUGUAAUACCUAUUAAUGGUUCGCCUCGAACACCAAGGCGAGGUCAGAACAGGAGUGCACGGAUAGCAAAACAACUAGAAAAUGAUACAAGAAUUAUUGAAGUUCUCUGUAAAGAACAUGAAUGUAAUAUAGAUGAGGUGAAAAAUGUUUAUUUCAAAAAUUUUAUACCUUUUAUGAAUUCUCUUGGAAUUGUAGCUUCUAAUGGACUUCCAGAGGUGGAAAGUCUCUCUAAACAAUAUGAAGAAAUUUACCUUAAAAACAAAGAUAUAGAUGCAAGAUUAUUUCUGGAUCAUGAUAAAACUCUUCAGGCUGAUCCUACAGACAGUUUUGAAAUGCAGAGAACACCACGAAAAAGUAACCCUGAUGAAGAGGUAAAUGUGAUUCUUCCACAGACUCCAGUUCGGACUGUCAUGAAUACUAUCCAGCAAUUAAUGAUGAUCUUAAAUUCAGCAAGUGAUCAACCGUCAGAAAAUCUGAUUUCCUAUUUUAAUAAUUGCACAGUGAAUCCAAAGGAAAGUAUCCUGAAAAGAGUGAAGGAUAUUGGGUGCAUCUUUAAAGAGAAAUUUGCUAAAGCUGUGGGACAGGGAUGUAUGGAAAUUGGAUCACAGCGAUACAAACUUGGAGUCCGAUUGUAUUACCGAGUAAUGGAAUCCAUGCUUAAAUCAGAAGAAGAACGAUUAUCCAUUCAAAAUUUUAGCAAACUCCUGAAUGACAACAUCUUUCAUAUGUCUUUGCUGGCAUGCGCUCUUGAGGUUGUAAUGGCUACAUAUAGCAGAAGUACAUCUCAGAAUCUGGAUACUGGAACAGAUUUGUCCUUCCCUUGGAUUCUGAAUGUACUUAAUUUAAAAGCUUUUGAUUUUUACAAAGUGAUUGAAAGUUUUAUCAAAGCAGAAGCCAACUUGACCAGAGAAAUGAUUAAACAUUUAGAACGAUGUGAACAUCGAAUCAUGGAAUCCCUUGCAUGGCUCUCAGAUUCACCUUUAUUUGAUCUUAUUAAACAAGCAAAGGACCGAGAAGGACCAGCUGAUCACCUUGAACCUGCUUGUUCUCUCAGCCUUCCUCUCCAGAAUAAUCACACUGCAGCAGAUAUGUAUCUUUCUCCUGUAAAAUCCCCAAAGAAAAAAGGGUCAACUACACGUGUAAAUUCUACUGCAAAUUCAGAGGCACAAGCAACCUCAGCCUUCCAGACUCAGAAGCCAUUGAAAUCUACCUCCCUUUCACUCUUUUACAAAAAAGUGUAUCGACUAGCAUAUCUUCGACUAAAUACCCUGUGUGCACGCCUUCUGUCUGACCACCCAGAACUAGAACAUAUCAUCUGGACCCUUUUCCAACACACACUGCAAAAUGAGUAUGAACUCAUGAGAGACAGGCAUUUGGACCAGAUUAUGAUGUGUUCCAUGUAUGGCAUAUGCAAAGUGAAGAAUAUAGACCUUAAAUUCAAAAUCAUUGUAACAGCAUACAAAGAUCUUCCUCAUGCUGUUCAGGAGACAUUCAAACGUGUUUUGAUCAGAGAAGAGGAGUAUGAUUCUAUUAUCGUAUUCUAUAACUCAGUCUUCAUGCAGAGACUGAAAACAAAUAUUUUGCAGUAUGCUUCCACCAGGCCCCCUACCUUGUCACCAAUUCCUCACAUUCCUCGAAGCCCUUACAAGUUUUCUAGCUCACCUUUACGGGUUCCUGGGGGGAACAUCUACAUAUCACCCCUGAAGAAUCCGUAUAAAAUUUCAGAAGGUCUGCCUAUGCCAACAAAAAUGACUCCAAGAUCAAGAAUCUUAGUAUCAAUUGGUGAAUCAUUUGGGACUUCUGAGAAGUUCCAGAAAAUAAAUCAAAUGGUGUGUAACAGCGACCGUGUGCUCAAAAGAAGUGCUGAAGGAAGCAACCCUCCUAAACCACUGAAAAAACUGCGCUUUGACAUUGAAGGAUCGGAUGAAGCAGAUGGAAGUAAACAUCUCCCAGGGGAGUCCAAAUUUCAACAGAAACUGGCAGAAAUGAGCGAUGCCAGCCCGUGUGCCAGCUGUUGUACUGUACUACUGUACUUUUCAAGGUACUGUACUGUAAGAUUAAAAAUGUUUUCUUUAUUUUUUGUGUUUGUUUGUUUUUUAUGUAUUAUUUGUGUGAAAAGUAUUAUAAAGCUAUUACAGUACAGUACUAUAUAGCCGAUUGUGUUAGUUGGGUACCUAGGCUAACUUCGCUGGACUUACAAAUUGGUCUUAUGAAGCACUCUCUGAAUGGAACUCGUUCGUAUGUAGGGGUUUUACUUACAAUUGCUCUGCUUUACAAAUGGUGGCAGGAUCCCCUGGGAGUGAGAGUCCUCACAACCUGUGCCUAUCUGAGUACUUUGUCUUCUCUUGUGGCAUGUAUGUGAUGUUUGCUCUUAUUUUUAUUAAUUUAUAUUUAUUUUUUUAACUUAACAUGAACACCCUUAGAAAAUGCGUCUUGUCUUCCAAAUGCAAUUUGGCUGACUGCCCCCAUUCACCCAAAUGAUCCUGAGCUCUUGUGCUAAAACAUAUAUUAGAAACUAGGGGAAAAUUACUAAUUUUUACACAUUAGAUUUUAGUUUACUCAUGGAAACUAAAUGGAUGUACUGUGUGUUUGUUUUAUAAAUAUUAGUUUUUAAAUGCAAACAGAAAGCAAAGUAUAAACAUAUGAGAUACUGUCAUACUACUGAUACAGAUUUCAUACCUCAGGACUUGUAAAAAUUUAUUCUUUUCUUCAUCCAACUCAUGUUUUAAAAUAAAGAGUUAUUAAUAGUACUCUUGGUUUUUAUACUGUUCAGAUCACUGAAUUCAUGAAGUACCCAUCUAGUGCUUGGAAAAUAAAGUGUUCAGCUAGAGCUUUGCUGCAGAGGACCCUAAUACAGUAUAUCCCAAGUGCACUUUCUAACAUUUCUGGGUCCUGAAGCAUCAAGAUACAAAAUAAUUUUACUCCACAAACAGACUGUUAACUAUAGGAGCCUUAAUUUUUUUCUUAGAGAGUUAUAUAAUUACAUCUCAGCAGUUACUCUGCCCUCCUGAAUGCGGGAAGAGGGUGUGUUUGUUCUGGAAUGGUACAUGUCUUCCAUGUAUCUUUUGAACUAGCAGUUGUCUUUUUUUUUUUUUUUUUCCUUAAUUCAGCAUGGUCUAACACUGGCAUAUUCAAAGCCGCAUCAUUUCUCACCCAAAAUGCAGGUAAUGAAAGGUCUUUGGGUUAGGCAUUAAUGUUUCUGAUUUUGUGCAAAAGCUUCAAUUUAAAACAGCUGCAUUAGAAAAGAGGCGCUCCCCCCUCCAACACCUAAAGGUGUAUUUAAAUAUCUUGUGUGAUUAACUUAUUUAGAGAUGGUAUAAUUUAAAAUAGGUGGUAUUUAAGGUAGCAUCUACUAGCUUUUAGGAAAAUUACUUUGUCUAAACUCAGAGUUCUUUUUAAAAAGAAACCUGGUCUUAUUUGUUAGAAAACAAAACUUUAUUUUGUGCUCAGUUAAGUUGCAAACUUAUUUUUUUUGACAGUUAUCUUGAUAACAAAGGCACUAGAAAGCUUUAUCUCAUUUCCUCAUUCAUUUUUGCAUGAAUAUCAAACAAAUCAGUUAGUUUUUAGGUCAAGGGCUUACCACAUUUCUGAGUCUUUUGCUAAUAAGUUCAUGUUAGAAUUAGUGUCAGAACUUAAGGAACUUCAGAGAUCGUGUAUUGAGAUUUCUUAAAUAAGGCUUCAGAUAUUGCUUUAUUGCUUUUUGUAUUGGUUAAAACUGUACAUUUAAA